AAGAAAAAAAAGUUGCGAGCUGCUAAGAAAAUGCGGUUGUGUUUUGAAGAAAGAAAUUGUUGGAUGGGCAUUGGAAUUUGGAAGUUAUGUGACUGAGUUUGGGUGUGGAGACUGAAUUUGCAGUUAAGAAAAAGUAAUUAAUCAGAGAGAGAGAGAGAGAGAGAGAGGGUUUUGAUUGAUUUGCAUAUGCAUAAGCUUAAGCACGGAGGUAAUAUGAAGAGAUCUCUGAGAAAGUUGGGAGUUGUGGCAGCAGAGAAGCAUGAGCGUGAGCGCAGAAACAUGCUGCCUUUGGCCCAGUUGGAGGACCUGGCUCAGGCUACCCAGGACAUGCAAGACAUGAGAGACUGCUACGACAGCUUGCUUUCGGCGGCAGCAGCGACGGCCAACAGUGCUUAUGAAUUCUCAGAGUCCUUGGGAGAAUUGGGCUCUUGCCUUCUUGAGAAAACCGCCCUCCAUGAGGAUGAAGAAAGCGGAAAAGUCCUCCUAAUGCUGGGUAAAUUGCAGUUUCAACUCCAGAAGCUCAUUGAUAAUUAUCGCUCUCAUAUAACCCAGACAAUUACCAUUCCCUCAGACUCUCUUAUCAAUGAACUUCGAAUUGUUGAGGAGAUGAAGCAGCAUUGUGAUGAAAAAAGAGAAGUAUAUGAGUCCAUGCUAACAAGAUAUAGAGAAAGUGGUAGGUCUAGAAGUGGAAAAGCAGAGAGUUGUUCCUUGCAGCAGUUGCAAAUUGCCCGUGAUGAAUAUGAUCAGGAGGCUACAUUAUUUGUUUUCCGAUUGAAAUCUCUGAAGCAAGGACAAUCGUGGAGUCUUCUAACACAAGCAGCACGCCACCAUGCAGCCCAGUUGUGUUUCUUCAAGAAAGCAGUCAAAUCUCUUGAGACAAUAGAGCCACAUGUAAAGUCAGUAACUGAACAGCAACACAUUGAUUACCACUUCAUUGGUCUUGAAGAAGAGGAUGAAGACGAAGACAAUGAUUACAGUCAUGAUGAGAAUGAUGAUGGAGAGCUGAGUUUUGACUUUGAACAAAAUGAACAUGAGCAAGAUGUUUCUACAUCACAAAAGUCAAUGAAGCAAAACUUUGAUAGGCUUCGCAGGAAUUCAUUCUCCUUCAGAGUUAGGUCAGCAAGCCAAUCUGCCCCACUUUUUGCUGAGUAUAAACUUGAUUCUAGUGAAAAGCUGAGACAGAUGCGGUCAAGUUUAUCACGGAAGUUCAAUUCAUAUGUUCUGCCCACACCAAUUGAUGCAAAGAGUUCAAUACCUUUGAGGGCAAGUAAUCAAGUACCUUCCAAAAUGAAGACAAAUUUAAACGAGCCUAUCUUCAAUUUGUGGCAUUCAUCCCCACUGGAGCAAAAGAAAUAUGAAAAAGUUUUUGCCAGUGGGGUAUCUUCUGUUCCUAAUGUUAGGAAUGCACAGUCUGUACUCAAGGAGAGUAACAGCAAUACUGCCCACUCAAGAUUUCCACCUCCUUUAAUUGAUGGUAAUUUAUCCUCAAAUUAUGAUUUUGUUUCUGCUUACUCUAAAAAGAUUAAAAGACAUGCCUUUUCUGGUCCAUUGGCAAGUAAUGCGUGGCCAAACAAGCCUGUCUCAGUAGAAAAUGUUCAAAUGUUCUCUGGACCUCUUUUACGGACUCCUAUUCCACAGCCUCCAUCAUCAUCUCCAAAAGUAUCUCCUAGUGCUUAUCCCAUUCUUGCAUCUUCACCUAAAAUAAAUGAGCUUCAUGAACUUCCGAGGCCUCCAUCCAGUUCCUCAUCCAAUUCAAGGCUUUUAGGUUUUGUGGGUUAUUCAGGUCCAUUGGUGUCCAGAGGUCAAAAGCUUCCUGCUUCAAAUAAUUUGGUUACAUCAAAUGCUGCAUCUCCAUUGCCAAUACCUCCUCCAGCCAUGGCUCGAAGUUUCUCCAUACCUUCUAGUGGUGGUAAAGUCGCAGCUUUACACGAGUCAAGACCACUAGAAGACCCAAAUAGAUCUACAACAUCUGAGGAUGUUGCUUCUCCUCGGAUGCAAAUUUCACUCUCUAGCAGUAAGCCAUCAUCUGAUGGCUGAGACUGUUGCUCAGGCUGUCAGUCAGGAGGGACGUACAUGCUUGUACUAAUAAUAUCUAUGGCCCAGGUAUGGUACUUUAGAAGAUUAAUUCCUUUCAAGAAUUUAACAGGGCAAGGAUCAAAUUUUGUUUCUCAUAGUUCGGUACAGUUGCAAAUCUGUAAAUAUUCCUUUUAUAAUUUUUUUUAUCUGUCAUUCUUAUUGUUAAUGGCAUUUAUCUUAUUUCAUUUAAAUAACGGCCCGUAAGGUGUAAUUUGAAUAAACUUAAAAAUAAAUACUUAUAAGAGGAAAAAAAUUAAAAAGUAAUGUG